AUGCCACAGCUGAUUAACUCGAUGGACCCUCUAUCAGCUCACUACACGCCUAUCAACUGGUGUGUGAUUGAACUGCCCGCGCGGAGAGGAGGUGUGGAACCCUCUCCAGGUGAUGACGAUGCCGACGAGGAGGAGGACCUAUCCAUGCCAGCCUCCACAUCGCCGUCCCCUGCGCCAAAGCGUGCGCGGAUUGACACAAAACCCCGUCGCCAGGAAGAAACCCUACGAACAACAUCCCAGCACCAACGCAGCGUGCCCGAGCACCCAAAAAGCACCCCGUCCAGUUUGCGACAGAACCGCUGA